GAUCCAAAGUCGACGUUUGUCAUGCAGCCAUCUCAUGGAAACACGUCCUUCCCUCCUGUAAAAGUCGGUAGUAAGUCGGAUAGCCGAGUGCCGAAACCUCCAAAACCCCCUGAGAAGCCGUUAAUGCCCUACAUGCGAUAUAGCCGAAAGGUCUGGGAACAAGUAAAGAAUUCAAAUCCACAAUCAAAACUAUGGGAAGUUGGAAAAAUCAUCGGACAAAUGUGGAGGGAAUUACCUGAAGAUGAAAAAUCAUUGUUUGUGGAGGAAUAUGAAUCGGAAAAAGCUCAAUACACUGAGGCCCUGAGGCAGUAUCAUAAUUCUCCCUCAUAUCAAUCUUGGCUGGCGGCAAAGGAGAGAGCUGAGAAGAACAUUGAAGAGCAAGAACAAGAGCGAAAGCAAGUCGCUCCUCGUGCAAGAGAGCGCCCUGACGGACAACAGAACGACCUAAGGGAAUCGUACAUUUUGGAGGAUAAUGAAGAAGAUCCUGAGGAUCAAUUCACUGCAAAGCAUGUUGCUGCUGCCCGAUUUCAGCGCAAUCAUCGUCUUAUGUUGGAAAUACUUAGUGAUAGUCGCCUCCCUGAUCCCGGUCAAUUUAUCACAGAGACUCGCCUGAAUACGUUACGAAUGCAAGUGGAACAAUUGAAGAAUCACAAAAGGAAUUUAUCACAAGAGAUUGAUAACUGUGAGGCCAGACAUCAAAGCAAAAUCCGCAGGAUGAAAGAGGAGUCUGAAAAGUAUAUAAUCGAUUACGAAAAAUUGGUUUCCUUUUGUCCCAUAAUUACUGAGGCACAAUUCGGAGAGAUGAUAAUAAGAGCGAAAUGUGAUAUGCAUCGAGAAGAGGAAGAGAGACGCGAGCGCCAGUUAGCUGAAAUAGAAGCCCGACACAAAAGGGCCCAACAGCGGCAACAAAGAGAGGCGGAAAUCAUGGCUGAAGUUGAAAGGAGGAGACAGCAACAUGCUCUACAGCAACAACGAGCACAGCAGCAACUUCAUCCACCUCAUGCUCAACAUCAGGCGCUUAAAGAAGAAGAGAAUCAGCGGCCUUGUCCCGAGAAUGGCGAAGCUAUCCAGCCUGUUCACGAAGGCUCACAUGAGAUUCAUUCUAGACCAAUGCAACAGCCUGGACUGCCGUCAAACCCGCCUAGCAAUACAGGUACAAUACAUCCUCAUACUGUUCAACCGCAAAUUCCCCACAACAUUAUUCCUGUUGCCCCUGGCCAUCUUCCAUCCGGAUAUGCCCCACCACCUGGACCUCCAAGAUCCGUGCCUCAUGGACACCCACCUGGUGUACAGCCUUGUCAAAUGUAUCCACCUCCCAUUCCUCAAGGCCAGCAACCAGGAAAUCAAACCCAAGUCAUGCAGCAGUAUUCACAGCAUGGGGGUUACAUUCCUCAGCAUCAAAGCCACACUCAGCACCACUAUCCUCCUCCGCCCCAGUAUCCACCACAAACACAGCAGCAGAUCUCCAGUCACUUCGCACCCAAUAUCAUUCCUCCCGUACCUCAGCAAAGCCAGCAAAUCAUUUCAGCUAAGCCUUCAUCAAGCUUUCCUAAGGAACCCCCGCCAAGUUCAGUCUCUCAGGUACCCCUUGUCACAACAAAGAAAACCUCUUCAGCCUCUUCUACUUCAUCGACAUCUUCCACUUCGUCCAGUGCUGUUACUAGUAAGAAGAAAAAGCAGACAUCAAAGGAAAAGAAAGCCGCUUUAUCUGCUUCUGCUAGCUCCAAUGCUCCCAUCAACGAGGAUCAAUCAAGCAGUGGAAGUCUCUCGACACAAACUAGCGGGGAUCCUGCUAUGUUGCCUCAGCCCUCUCGCCCCCCAACAUCUUUCCUUCCAUCUGAGUAUCCAGUUCAGCAUCACCCUGGUAUGCUUGUUGAUGCCAAUCAGCCCCCUCCGCCACCUGGCUAUCAUGCACACCCUCACGUCCAACAGCUUCCGGGAUACUAUCAUAUUGGGAUGCAGCAACAUCAUAUAGGCCACCCACCGCCUCAUCCCCAUACUCCACAGCAUCAUAGCCAGCACCCUCAGUCCCAAAUGCAUCCUAUACCAUCUGGCUCAUAUCCGCCGCCACAUAUGCGGCCACCGGGAUCUCCAGCCUAUGCUGUUCAGGGUGCUGGUAACUAUCCGCCCCCAUCUAUACCGUCACAGCAAGCCUUGCAGACAGGCAACCAGCCUCCUGGGAUGUACCAUCAUCAAGCCACCCAACAGCAACCACCCCAUAUGAUGGGCCCUCCGGGAGGUCAGUCAAAUAUUUGGCAUCAUCAGGAAAGUGGAUACCCACCGCCACAUUACUCUGGUGGACCCCGCUAUCCUCCGGUGCCUCUUCAUAGUUAUCACCAUCCGCAGCAGCAACGUCCUUAUGGGAUGCCUCCAGGUCCACCGCAACUGCAGGAUUCUAGUCAACUAGCUUCAUCUCCCGCAAUGACUUCUGGUUCAUCAGUUGUGCCGCAACAGCCUAGUGUACCUGCACCUCCUCCUUAUCAGGCUAGUUCGGGUGGAUUUUGGCCGCAACAACCAAACAUCGAAUAUAGACAAUCUGACAGUAAUUUACGAUAUUACAUUUCUUUUAAAAUCAUUUUGGAACGCAUUUAA